GUUGAGAUGGGGGUGCACCAUCGGGGGCACGACGAGACGAAGGGUUGCCCUGGCAACUGUAACCUAACGUAACGUCCGUUCAUUUAAAACCCAACAGGUAGCUUGUCGUCCUGUCGAGGCAAUAACAGAGACGUUGCUAGCUAGCUAAUGUUGGAAAGAAAUGUUCGUUAUUUGUAAUUAAACACAGACGGCUCACUUAGAAUAAGCAGGACCCUCUUUUAUAGAAAGAAGAUGGAUUUUGAGACGACGGAGACUGUACGCUCGACACCGAGUCGCCACGAGAAAAGUUUGGGGCUCCUCACCAUGAAGUUUGUCAGUCUGCUUCAAGAAGCGAAGGAUGGCGUCCUUGAUUUGAAAGUGGCUGCAGACAGCUUGGCAGUGAAACAGAAGAGGAGGAUUUACGACAUCACCAACGUACUGGAAGGAGUGGGGUUAAUUGAGAAGAAAAACAAGAACAUAAUCCAGUGGAGGGGAGAGAACUCUGGCAGCCAAACUCAGGAGGUGCUGGAGCACGUGAAGGUUUUGAAGGCCCAAAUCUCUGAGCUUGAGGCCCACGAGAAAGAGCUGGACAACCAGAAGACAUGGCUAGAGGAGAACAUCAAACACCUUAACCACCAUCCCAUCACCAGCACUUAUAAAUUUGUCACACAUGAAGACAUCUGCAAUGCCUUCAAAGGGGACACUGUGCUUGCUGUUGUGGCUCCAGCUGGGACUCAGCUGGAGGUUCCGCUACCUGAAACGGGCCAGAGUGGUCAGAAGUACCAGGUGAACAUACGCAGCCACUCGGCUCCCAUCCAGGUCAUGCUCAUCAACAGGGAUUCAGACUCCACAAUACCUGUGGUCUUCUCUGUGCCGCCCACUGACGACAUCUGUCCAAUUCCAACUCCACCCAGCACCCCCGCCAGCCUGCAGAGGUUCCCUCUCUCCACGUCCGUGUACUCCAACACUACCUCCUCUUACUGCAGCCAGGACUCUGUUGAAUCAGACCACCAGAUGGUGCUGCCAGAACAUGAAGUGCUGACACCAUCAUCCACCCCUCCUGAUGUGCAGAUGGAGUGUCACAGUCAGUCAGCAGCAGUGUUGGAGCAGCAGCAGAUGGACCUGGCAGGCCCAGAGUUCCAGUCUGUACUGGAUGUGAGCAGCCUGCUGAAGCUCAACGCUGCUGGAUACCACAUGAAGGACGACCGAGAGGGAGCUGUUGACCUGAUUGAUGAGCUAAUGUCCAGUGAUGGAAUAGACUAUAGCUUCAACUUGGACGACAAUGAGGGAGUGUGUGAUCUGUUUGAUGUGCAGAUUCUCAAUUACUGAUGGCUGGCAGCGCCUCUACAAUCUUUUCUCUCUCCAAGGAUGCUUCAAAGAUGCUUUUCCCAUUUUUUUUUUUUUUUUUUUGGUUAAAAUUGCACAGCUGAUACUUAAACAUACUAUUGUCAACUUGAAAAACAACAACCUUUACACACAUUUAGACUUCACCGCUGUGUGCCUACAACUUCAGUUGUGCCCACUUGCCCUCAGCCAACACAAAACAAAGUGCCUGGAUAUCUACAACAUUCCAGAGAAAUGAGUUGCCUUUAGUGGAAGAAAGCCAGGUCAAAUCCUUCAGCCUCCUACUGCACUUUUGCAUGGAUCUGUUUUUUUUGUAUUAUUCCACAUUCAGUGGAAACCCUGAGACUUGACAACUGCUUUACUUUCUGUUUAUGAACAGUUGGGAUUGUGAGAGUGUUUGC